UUCGUAAUCGUUCGUACGGUUUUCCUAUCACCGUGUCUCACGUGCACGAUCAGACGGCGCACGAUCGUAAGCUUCGACGAGUUUCUUCGCAUCUAUUGAGGUCUAAAGUCCAUUCGAAAUACCCUAGCAAUGUCUACACUCCGAUAAGCAGAAAGGAGAAUACAUUCUUACGAGUCGUGAGCCGAUAAAACUGAGCGAGAAACGCAGGAGGAUGCAUAUUUCCUUGAAAUACCUGAUUCCUUAAAAGGAUCUUCCAAAGGAAUGAUAGCCAAAAGGCCAAGAAACGUCCUAAAGGCGUUUCUUCUUCCUAAGACGACGGAUAACCGAAGGGGAAUAUUUUUUCAAAGGGACAAACCACUCGCCUCUGAGGUACUAACGAAUUAUCUUCUUCAAACGAAGGAGCCACCAUGGACCUCGUACUUUGUCAAAUACGCCGACGUUGUCAACGAUCAGAGGGGCAUGUCCCACUUCAAUUGGUCAGUAGCUCAUAGCAAUUAUCACGUAUUAAGGACAGGCUGUUUUCCUUACAUCAAGUAUCACUGUACAAGACGACCAAGGCAGGACCUUAGUACCGACGACAAAUUCUUCAAGGCGAUCAAGAUACUUAACCUUGGGCAAACUUUUAAAACUCGAUCCAAUUCAUUCGAACGUCUGUGGCGUGCAGGAGCAGCUCGACUGGCCUAACCUGAACAGGUGGAUGGCAGAGGUCAAACGUAACGUCGAAUCGCAUACAACGUACCAAGUUGCAGGAAACUAGUCGUAAAUCGAGCCGAGUUCGAGUACUUCGCCGUGGGCGCCGAUAUAACGGUGACGGUCGGGUCGCCUGUGGCCUCCUUUCCGUCCUCCUUCCAUUCCUCUCUUCUUCUCUCAGAGACACGCGCGCGCUCAUUCUCCGGACUCCUCUUCAUCGACUACAAGACGACGAUUCGUCUAACUGUACAUAUUCGUCCGUAUUAUGCCGGUCUUUUACUUUACUCCGAAGACGGAGUCUUUAAUAUCUACGUUUACUCGUCAAAAUAUGUUACUUGUAUUACGUGCCUAUUAUAGAUUAGAUGUAUAAAUAUACGCGCUUAUGAAUCAUUGUUAUAUUACAUGCCAUUGGAAAUAAUUAGACCCUUUGGCGGUGCAAGUGCGUAAGUUAUAUCGUCUUCCUACGUCUAAUUAACCAACGCAUUUUCUUCCUCCUUCUAUCAAGAUGAAAUAAUAAAGAGCAAAGAUUUUCUAAUCA